AGGUCAUUAAAGACCCGAGCGACAGAGGACCUCUGUCUUCCUUGCUGAAUGGUUUCUUCCUGUGCCCUGACCUUCUUGCUUUGAGUUGAAAGGCCAGCUAUGGUGGCUGGUCAGUUACUGUGGAAACUUUCAGGGUGUAGGAGCUGGAUCAGCCCUUUAAGAGGGAAGUAUUCUACUUGCCAGUUUAGUGUUGAACAAUAGAUAUGAAUUCCCAGGUGCAGCAGAACUACCAUGUGGACUGUGAGGCUGCUGUUAACCAUAUGGUGAACCUGGAGCUCCAUGCCAGUUACGUCUAUCUUUCCAUGUACUACUACUUCAGCCGUGAUGAUGUUGCCCUCAAGCAUGUAGCUACAUUCUUGAAAGAGGAAUCACUCAAGAAGAGGGGAUAUGCAGAGAUGUUAUUGAAAUACCAGAACAAGCGAGGGGGGUGCAUUGUUCUUCAAGACAUUCAGAAGCCGGAGCAGGAUGAGUGGCAGUCCAGCCUUGAAGCCUUCCAGAGUGCCCUGUGGCUGGAAGUAAAGGUGAACCAAGGUCUUCUGGACUUACACAAGCUGGCUCUGGAGAAGGAGGAUCCUCAUCUGUGUCACUUUCUAAAGUCUCAGUUUUUGGAGGAACAAGUGAAGGCCAUCAAGCAGUUGGCAGACCAUCUAUCUAACUUGAGGCGCCUGAGAGUGCCCCAGGAUGGCUUGGGAGAGCACCUCUUUGAUAAGCUCACCCUGGGGGCGUGCAGCUGAAAUGGCAAAGGACAUGCCCCAAAUCAGCGGCUAUUUGUUAUACACGAAGCCCUUGCAAUAAAACAUGGAUGUCAAUUGAACCCAAUCAGAAA